GGCUGUCGCCAUGCUCACCGUGGAGCCGCCGCCGCCGCCGCCCGAGGACCCCGGGACUCCGCCGAGGCCCGGCUUUUAGGUCGCCCUGAGCGAGGCCGUUGGGCCGGGUGCGGGGCUGGCCGCGGCGCUCGGGCGGAGGAUGGAUGGCCGAGACUUCGGGCCCCCGCGGUCCGUGCACGGCCCCCCGCCGCCGCUGCUGUCCGGCCUGGCUAUGGACAGUCACCGCGUGGGCGCGGCAGCCGCGGCCGGUCGCCUGCCCGCCUCGGGCUUGCCGGGCCCGCUGCAGCCCGGGAAGUACCUGCCCGGCCUCAACCUUCACCCGCACCCUGGCGAGGCCUUCUUGGGCAGCUUUGUGGCCAGCGGGAUGGGGCCCUCGGCCUCCCCCCACGGAAGCCCCGUGUCCUUGCCCUCUGACCUCUCCUUCCGCUCCCCUACUCCCAGCAACCUGCCCAUGGUGCAGCUGUGGGCUGCGCAUGCUCAUGAAGGCUUCGCCCACCUACCCAGUGGGCUGUACCCAUCCUACCUCCACCUGAACCACCUGGAGCCCCCCAGCAGUGGGAGCCCCCUCCUCAGCCAGCUGGGCCAGCCCAGCCUCUUCGACACACAGAAAGAUGGCUUCUACCUGCCAGGACCAGGGGCUCCCGGUGCCCUGCACUCUCUGGGACCCUCGAGGACUCCAAGUGGCCCAGCCAAAGGCACCUCUUCAUCUCGGGAGCGAGCGGGCCGCGGAGGGGACGGACUCCCGCUUUUUGGCAAGAAGGACCUUCGUGCCCGCGAGGAGGCCCCGCGCGGGGUGGUGGACCUGACCCAGGAGGCCCGCGGUGCGGCACGCCUCACCGAUCGCCUGUCACCCUUCCUGGCUGAGCCGGGGCCGCGGGAGGCCAAGGCCAAGGCACAUCCACCUCCACCCCCACCCGGCCUGGGCCUGUGCAAUGGUGCAGGGGACACGCCCGAGGCCACUCGGGGCACUAAGGACGAGGGCACAAGGGCGAGGCGCAUGGACUCGCUGUUGCCCAGCACCUGCCCCUGCCCCUCGCCUCUAACCUCCGGCUCGGCCAAGGGGCCCCUGGUACCCAGCACCGUAUCCGGAGCCUUUGCGGCCCCCCAGUCCUCGGGUGUCUACACCGUGUUCCCUGCAGGCACGACGCGAGAGCCCGGCCGGGAGCACCGCGUGGUGGCACCCACCUUCGUGCCUUCUGUGGAGGCCUUCGACGAGCGCCCGGGCCCUAUCCAGAUCGCGUCACAGGCCCGGGACGUGCGAACCCGAGGGGAGCGCGAGGCUGCUCGGCCCGGGGUCCUGCAGACUGCGCCCAGUUCCCCGCGGCCACCCGAGGGCAUCAUCCGUGAGAAAAACUCGGUGAUCCGCUCCCUCAAGCGGCCGCCACCGUCCACCGACGCUCCAACUGCCAGGGCCACACCCGCGCGCGCCUCCCCGGACUCCCGGGCCUACCUCCCCGCCAAGGAACUGCUCAAGCCCGAGUUGGAGUCACGGACCUGUGAGCGCGCCCUGCGGGGCCUCCCCACCAAUACAACCUCCCAGCAGCCCUCCAAGCUCUUUGCGGGCCUGGAUCCCACACGGCCCCCCGGCGGCCCUGAGCCCAAAUGGAAACCCUUCGAGCUGGGCCACUUUGCCACCACGCAGAUGGCCGUGUUGGCAGCACAGCACCACCACGUGGGCCGCGGAGAUGACGAGGCGGCCUCCAAGAAGGCCUACUUGGACCCCGGGGGCGCGCUGCCCCCGCGAGCGCCCCCGCCAGACCUGCACACCGGGGAGGCCUCGGCCAUGCAGAGCCUCAUCAAGUACAGCGGUAGCUUCGCACGCGAGGCCGUGGCUAUGCGCCCCGGCGUCUGCGGCAAGAAGAGCCCCUUCGGGGGUCUGGGGAACAUGAAGCCCGAGCCGUCCCCCGCAGCCAACACUGCACGCUCCCAGGCCCGCCUUCCCCAUGCAGGGACCCCGGCCAGCAGCGGGGGUGGCCGGCAGCUCAAGAGGGACCCUGAGAGGCCUGAGAGCAACAAAGCUUUCGGGCGUGACGGGCUUGGGGCCCAGGGUGAGGCGGAGGUGCGGCACCCACCAGUUGGCAUCGCUGUGGCUGUGGCCCGGCAGCGGGACAGUGGGCGCCUGGCACCGGGACUCACUGACCAGGAGCGCUCCCUGUCUCUGGGCAGUGUCAAAGGGCAUGGCCGUGACGAGGACUGUGGGGAUGAGCGGGCCCGGAUGCGGGAGGACCGUUUGCUGGCGCGGCUUGACCGGGACCAGGAGAAGCUGCUGAGGGAGAGCAAGGAGCUGGCUGACCUGGCCCGCCUGCACCCCAGCAGCUGUGCCGCCAACGGCCUGAACCCCAACCUCAUGGUGACGGGGGGCCCUGCCCUGGCUGGCUCGGGGCGCUGGUCGACCGACCCUUCCACCCACCUGGCUACACACCCCUGGCUGCCUCGUUCUGGUAGCUCAUCCAUGUGGCUGGCAGGUCACCCCUACGGCCUGGGACCACCUUCCCUGCAUCAGGGCAUGGCACCCGCUUUCCCACCAAGCUUGGGGGGCUCCUUGUCAUCAGCCUACCAGUUCGUCAGGGACCCACAGUCGGGCCAACUGGUGGUCAUCCCCGGUGAUCACCUGCCCCACCUGGCGGAGCUAGUGGAGCGAGCAGUGCCCCCGCUCUGGCCUCUCUACCCGCCGGGCCGCAGCCCCCUGCACCAUGCCCAGCAGCUGCAGCUCUUCUCCCAGCAGCACUUCCUGCGCCAGCAGGAGCUGCUCUACCUACAGCAGCAGGCGGCACAAGCUCUGGAGCUGCAGAGGAGUGCCCAGCUGGUGCAGGAGCGGCUGCAGGUGCCAGAGCAGCGGGCCGAGAUGGAAGAGAAGGUCAGCAAACGCGGACUGGAUUCUGUGGCCAAGGCGGGCCCUGGGCUACUUCCCCGGAAAGCCGCUGGCACAGCGGGGGCCUAUGGCAAGGCUGUGAGCCCCCCACCCUCUCCCCGUGGCUCCCCCGUGGCUGCCCUGAAGGCCAAGGUCAUCCAGAAGCUGGAGUCUGCGUCCAAGCCACCCACUUACACCUACCCUGCCACACCCAGCGCCCACCCCACCUCACCCCCGCCCGCCCCCGGCAUCGCUCGAAAGGAAGAAGCACCUGAGAAUGUGGUGGAGAAGAAGGAUCUGGAGGUGGACAAGGAGACGCCGAGCCCCUUCCAGGCUAUGUUCUCCGAGAUGCCCCCUGCAUACCCGUUUCCAGCUUUGCCCCCACACUAUGGGCGACCAUACCCCUUCCUGCUGCAGCCCACGGCGGCCACAGAUGCUGACGGCCUGGCUCCCGACGUGCCAUUGCCGGCAGAUGGCCCCGAGCGCCUGGCGAUGUCCCCCGAAGACAAGCCACUGCGCGUGUCCCCCUGCCCGCUGCCUGAGCACCCCUGCAAGGAACCGCUCCCUGAACGUGAGGUGAAAGCGGAGGUAGAGGACAUGGACGAGGGGCCUGCGCUGGGCUCCCCGCUGACCCCCGACAAAGCCUUGGUGGCCCCCAGCCCUGAGAGCAGCUGCGGUGCUGGCCUGCUGGACACCCAGGCCCUGAGUGUGGGCCCAGGAACCAUGGAGUCUUCUAGGGACCCCAACUUCUCUGAGGGUCCCGAAACACCGCGGGCUGACUCUCCGGGCCGGACUGAGCCCUGCACAGCCGCUGUGGAUCUAGGCGGGAGGCUGACUCCAGAAACUAUGGUGGAGGCUAAAGAAGAGCCUGUGGAGGUACCCCUGGACGUGCCUAUGGCCAUGACUUUGGUAGAGGCGGUGCCGGAGGAAGAGCUGGCCCAGGUGGCUCCCAGCGCACCCCGGCCCAGCCUGGAGCUAGUGGAUGCUGCCGCUGCACCAGCUGGGGAAGCAGAGUGCUUGAGUCUGGAGCCCCAAGAAGCCAUCCCGGUCCCUGAUGGAAGCAGCAACACCUGCUUCUUGGAGGAGAUGCCCCCUGAGCCCUUCCUGCCCAGCCUGGAGGACCCGCUUGCUGGUAUGAAUGCCCUAGCAGCUGCUGCAGAGCUGCCCCAGGCCAGGCCUCUGCCAUCGCCAGUUGUCGGAGUACAAAGUGUGGAGCAGCUGGAGGCAGCACCCAGCCUAGGCCUGGAGCAGAGUUUCCUGCAGGGCAUCACGCUGCUGAGCGAGAUCGCUGGGCUAGAGCUGGAGAGAAGGACGCAGGAGGCAGGAGAUGCCGAGCGCAGCCCUGUGGUACGGCCGUCGCUGGAGAGCCUGUUGGUGGCUAGCAGCCACAUGCUCAAAGAGAUGCUGGAUGGCCCCUUUGGGGACCCACUGAAGAACCUGCGGCUCCCACGGGAGCUGAACCCCAACAAGAAGUACAGCUGGAUGCAAAAGAAAGAGGAGCAGCUGUUCGCCCUGAAGCCCCCCCUGGAGCACAUGGGUGCCAUGGAGUUGGACUUCCGCAUGCGGCUGGCCGAGGUGCAGCGACAGUACAAGGAGAAGCAGCGGGAACUAGUGCGGCUGCAGCGGCGCCACGACUGCGAGCCAAGCAGCAAGGCCGCCCUGACGUCGGAUGACUCGGAGCUGGGAGCAGGGAUGCGGAAGAGACACAAAGGCUCCGAGGAAGAGCAUGGGGCUCUCGCAGGGACAGGCAAAGCCCGGGGCCGCAGCCAGCCCUGGGAUGAGCACGGAGCUUCAGCGGACUUCCUGAGUCAGCUGAAGAUCAAAAAGAAGAAGAUGGCCAGCGACCAGGAGCAGCUGGCUAGCAAAUUGGACAGAGCCCUGUCCCUCACCAAGCAGGACAAGCUCAAGUCGCCCUUCAAGUUUGCUGAGGCAUCAGGGGCCAAGGUCAAGGCGGGCGGGGGUUGCGGCCGCUACCUGGCAGCACCCUACGAUGGACUCCUGGGCAAGGACCGAAAGGCGCUGGCCAAAGGGCUUGGCCUGUCUCUCAAAGCCUCUCGAGAAGGUAAACACAAAAGGGCUGCCAAAGCCCGGAAGAUGGAGGUGGGCUUCAAGGCCAGAGGUCCGCCCAAGUCUGCCCACUCCCCCUUCGCCUCGGAAGUGAGCAGCUACUCCUACAAUACGGACUCCGAGGAUGAGGAGCAAUUCCUGCCGGAUGAGUGGCCUACUCAAGGCCCCUCCAGUGCCAAGCUGACGCCGUCUCUCCUGUGUGGCCUGGUGGCCAAGAGUGGAAAGGUAGCCACAGGCCCCAGACUAGCCAAGCGGGCCCUGGCGGCUGCCCGGACUCUGAAGCCUCGGCCGGCCACCGGCAGAAAGCAGCCCUUUUGUUUGCUGCUCCAAGAGGUCGAGGCCAGACCCUCCUUCAGCGACUCUUCGGAGGACUCCUUUGACCAAGAUGAGAGUGACGAGGACGGGCUGGAACGGGAUGAGGCCGAGGAUGUCACCGCUGCUGCCGCUGGCUACCGACUGGGCCCCCGUGAGCGGGCCCUGUCGCCCAGCCUGGAUGAGACAGGGCUGGGGCUACUGGCACGCUUCGCGGUCAGUGCCCUGCCCAGUCCCCCCGGGGCACCCUCACUGUCGGUGGUGCAGUUGGAGGCCAAGCAGAAAGCCCGCAAGAAGGAGGAGCGCCAGAAUCUGAUGGGCACGGAGCUGGAGGUCACCGACUCAGAGGGCGAGGUCAAGGUCAAGAUGCGGAAGGGCCUGCUGCGACCCAAGAAGGGGCCCACCGAGCUGGGGCCCUCACUGACUGGCCCUUCGCCCGGGUCCCGGGGAACCGGCCCCUCCAGCCCCGACAAGGCAAAGUUGGCUGAGCGGGGCCACAAAGCCCGUCGGCUUCGGGGUCCCAAGGAGCCCGGAUUUGAGGCAGGGCCUGAGGCCAGCGACGACGAUCUGUGGGCACGCAGGCGCAGUGAGCGCAUCUUUCUGCAUGACGCUGCUGCCCCACCUGCUCCCCGCGGUCCUGCACCCCCUCCUAAGGCUAGCCGCUGUGGCAAGGGGGGUGCCCUGAGCCCACGCAAAGAUGCCCGGGACAGGAAGGAUCCCAGAAAGAAGAAGAAGGGAAAGGAGGCAGCCUCCGGAGCUGGGCUGUCACCCCGAGUCCCUGCACUGGCCCCCGAGGCCCGGGCAACCCUCACCAGCUCCCCUGCCACCGCCAAGCGGAGCAAAGCCAAAGCCAAGGGGAAGGAGGUGAAAAAGGAGGCCCGAGGAAAAGGGGGUGCUGUGAGUCGACUGAUGCAGAGCAUGGCGGCUGAGGAGGAUUUCGAGCCCAGCCCUGACUCCAGCUUCUCCGAAGAUGAGCACCUGCCUCGCAACGCCAGUGCUGAGCGGCCACUCACACCAGCUCCCCGCUCCUGCGUCAUCGACAAGGACGAGCUGAAGGACGGUCUUCGGGUGCUGAUCCCCAUGGACGACAAGCUGCUUUACGCGGGCCAUGUCCACACCGUGCACUCACCCGACAUAUACCGAGUGGUGGUGGAGGGGGAGCGUGGGAACCGGCCCCACAUUUACUGCCUGGAGCAGCUGCUGCAGGAGGCGAUCAUCGAUGUGCGUCCGGCUUCCACCCGCUUCUUGCCCCAAGGGACCCGGAUUGCAGCCUACUGGAGUCAGCAGUACCGAUGUUUGUACCCUGGCACUGUGGUUCGAGGACUUUUGGACCUCGAGGAUGAUGGGGACCUGAUCACAGUGGAGUUUGAUGAUGGGGACACCGGGCGCAUCCCCCUGUCACACAUCCGCCUCCUGCCACCAGACUACAAGAUCCAGUGUGCCGAGCCAUCACCGGCCCUCCUGGUGCCCAGCGCCAAGCGUCGCAGCCGCAAAACCAGCAAAGACACCACAGGGGAAGGCAAAGAAGGGGCCACACCCGGGUCCGAGGAGCCAGGUGCCAAAGCUCGAGGCCGUGGACGGAGACCCAGUGCCAAAGCCAAGGGCGACAGAGCUUCCGUCCUGGAGGAGGGGGCCACCACUGCCGAGACCCCGAAUCCUCCGGAGGCACCGGAGCCUGUCAGUGGAGCCACCAUCCCCAGCACCAAGAAGAGCCCCCCAGAGACAGUAGACAAGCGGGCCAGAGCCCCCAAGGCCCGCCCAGCAGCCCCACAGCCUAGCCCUACGCCCGAGCCCUUCCGGGAGCUGCCAGCCCCCUCAGCCACCCUGGUGCCCGCACCCCUCGUGCCAGUGCCUGGAGCCCUUCCUGCCUCCCGGCCCAAGCCCAAGAAGGCCCGAGUCCCCGAUGAGCCUUCCAGCAAGGGAGCACGGAGACCCGGGGAGGCGGCCGAACCGCUGGUCAAGCUGGACCAUGAGGGGGUGACAUCCCCCAAGAGCAAGAAAGCCAAGGAGGCACUAAAACUCCGGGAGGACCCGGGGAGCUUGUUGGGCCUGGGCAGCGGCGACACCGACCUGGCCCCGGUUCCAGAGCCCAGUCCCAGCCUUGACUGUGAUGCCUCGGGGCCCCCCAAGAGCCCCGACAAAGGCCAGGCCGAAGCGUCUGAGAGCAGUGACAGUGGCAGCUCUGAGACUGAUGAAGAUGGCGAGGAUGGGGGAGCCUGUGAUGCACCCAGCUCCAGGGCCUCCUCUUCUUCCUCUUCAUCCUCCUCGUCAUCCUCUUCCUCCUCUUCAUCCUCUUCCUCCUCUUCAUCUUCUUCCUCCUCCUCAUCGUCAUCUUCUUCCUCUUCCUCUUCAUCGUCAUCGUCCUCUUCCUCCUCAUCCUCAUCCUCCUCGUCCUCCACCACCGACGACUCUUCCUGCAGCUCAGACGACGAGGCCACCCCAACUCCCGUGGCUGGACCCUCUGCGCCGCCACCGCUGCCCAGCAAAGCCGCCAAGCCUGGAGGGAAGGUGCAUCCUGCAACCCACUCCCCUGGCAAGAAGGCACCUGUGGCCCCCGUGCCCCCACCACAACCCCCCCAGCCCCUGACACCCAAAGCACCAGUGGGAGCUGGGGCCAAGAGCCGCCCCAAGAAGAGGGAGGGCGUCCACCUCCCCACGACCAAGGAGCUGGCCAAGAGGCAGCGGCUGCCUUCCGUGGAGAACCGGCCCAAGAUUGCUGCCUUCCUACCUGCCCGACAGCUUUGGAAGUGGUUCGGCAAACCCACCCAGCGCCGCGGCAUGAAGGGCAAAGCCCGCAAGCUCUUCUACAAGGCCAUCGUUCGGGGCAAGGAGAUGAUCCGCAUUGGGGACUGUGCCGUCUUCCUGUCAGCCGGCCGCCCCAACCUGCCCUACAUCGGCCGCAUCCAGAGCAUGUGGGAAUCAUGGGGCAGCAACAUGGUAGUUCGCGUCAAGUGGUUCUACCACCCUGAAGAGACCAGCCCGGGCAAGCGACUGCACGAGGGACAGUGGGACCAGAAGUCAGGCCGGGGCCUCCCUGCAGCCCUACGGGCCUCCAGUCAGAGGAAGGACUUCAUGGAGCGCGCCCUGUACCAGUCGUCACAUGUGGACGAGAAUGACGUGCAGACAGUGUCACACAAGUGUCUGGUGGUGGGGCUGGAGCAGUACGAGCAGAUGCUCAAGACCAAGAAACACCAGGACAGCGAGGGCCUAUACUACCUCGCGGGCACCUAUGAGCCCACCACGGGCAUGAUCUUCUCCACUGAUGGCGUGCCCGUGCUGUGCUGAACCUGGCCCGCACCCACCAGCUGCCUUGGCCCCGAGCCCGGGGGCACUCAUCACUGCCACCACGGCCUGGGCCGUGUGCAUGGAGCUCGCGGCGGCCCAGCCGGAGCGUGGCCCUGCGUGUGCCCGGAUGCAUGCCCGGGGUACACGUGUGUACUCCCCACCCCUCCCAGCACCCCGACAGGGGCACCUCCUCACAAUCAGGAUCUGGAUCCUCCAGCAUCUGGCAAGCACUUGGCCCAGGUGGCCUCACUCCCUGGAAGUGGCGGGGGCUCUGGGCACCAAGAUCCAAGGAGCAGAACAGACGCUGGCCUUGGAGUUCCCCCUGCUUCUGGGACUCCUGGUGCCCAACACCCCCCAAAAUGGAGCCCCCCCCCCUCUUUUGCCCACCAGACUCAGCCACCAAGCCAGGCCUGCUUGGGGCGCCCGUCUACCCAGCGCCAUCCUCAGGGUGGUAACAAUCAUGGGGACGGAAUGAACAGGGCCACAUGGACAUUCUAAACGUCGACUGGCAGGGGCACUGUGUGGCCCCCCCCAGGCCUGGCCAGGGUCACCGCCUGGCCCCCACCCUCACACUACAGACAACCCCCAUGGUGCUGAAAUCCUCGUGGCCACCCAGCCCCGCGCCCGGCCCGAGGGGCGCCUUAGUCGAACUGUUUCCUCCCCAGCCCUGUAAAAUGGAGCCUCAAAAAUGGAGUCGACUUUUUAAUUAUAUAUAAAGAUAAAUAUAUAUAAAUAUAUAUAAAUAUAAACUUUUUAAAACUGUGAAAAAAAUAGCUAUGAAAUUAUAAAAAAAAAAAAAGCAACAGUCUGACGUGCAGAAUAUUAUUUUUAUUUCCUGUUAGAUUGUGAGUGACUAGUGCCCCGCUUCACGUCCCAGGCCCAGCACACACACACACCCCGCCCCACCCUGUACUGCCCCGGAGGGAGGAGGAGGGAGGGGGCCCCUCCUGUGCCCCCCCACACACACCAGAAAGCACCCCUUGGGGGGGGAAUGGGGCCCUCGUCCAGACAAUCUUAAGGGAAGGAAAAGCCAGACUUUGGUUUUGUUUUGGGGGAAGAAAAGAUGGUUUCCUGUUUGUUUGUUUUUAACUUGUUUGUUGGCGAUUUCUGUGUGAUCAUUUUCAUAAAAAAAAAAAAAAAGCAAAAAAAAAAAAAAGCCAAGAAAGUUACUAUUGGAAAGUA